GUGGCGAACAUCGUGUUGUUUUCGCGGAGGUCAUUGCUUAAGUGUUUUGUAAGGUGAUCGUGGUAAUUUUGUGGUAGCCGCGAUUGGCCGAUGAACAUACUUGGCAAUGGGUUAUGCAUAAUUAUCCAAUUGAGAGUCAUAACUCUUGUCACACUAGCGUGUGACUGCGUGUGUCCGGCGUGCGUCGUGUGGUCCAUUCGUAUUUUAGGGUCUAGCGGAUCCGAUCUCCGUCGUACAUUCUGCGUGUCAGGGAUCAGCCGAGUCCUUCAGAACCUCCGAACAAAUGACGAGAUGCCGGCUGCUAUAUCUGUUCCUAUUAACGGCCCUAAUGAUGAGCACCGAAGCGCAGAAGGGCGGCGGAGGCAGAGGAGGGAGAGGUCGCAGCCGAGGAAGAACAUGGGGCUCGCGGAUGCCCAUCUUGAUACCUAAUCGAAAUCCCGCCAGCGCCAAUUAUUACGAGAAUAAAGAUGGUGCCAAGAUCGUGAAAUCAUCGCACUUUGAGUUGGAUUACAUGCUGGGCAGGAAGAUCACGUUCUUCUGCAUGGCCACCGGUUUCCCUAGGCCGGAAAUCACCUGGCUGAAGGACGGGAUCGAGCUGUACCAUCACAAAUUCUUUCAGGUGCACGAAUGGCCCGUCGGUAAUGACACGAUUAAAUCGAAAAUGGAGAUUGAUCCUGCGACGCAGAAGGAUGCGGGAUACUACGAGUGCCAAGCGGAUAAUCAAUAUGCCGUCGAUCGUCGGGGCUUCAGAACGGACUAUGUCAUGAUCUCGUAUUAAACGCGUUCUCUAGUCGUAGCUCCGCGAUCGCUUAGUUUAUUAGAAUCAGAUUAUUAAUAUUAUUAAAAU